GCUCCCUAUCUCUUUCUCUUUUCAACUGAUCUCUCAUAUCAAUUGAACACUUUAUCUGUUAUGCGAUCUCAAUCGUUGGUCAUGGAGAACCCACUCCUCCAUCCUUUCGCGUUCAUCUACCAACUCAUCCAAUGGGUCCUUAGCAACCUUUUCUCCCCCGACCCUCCAAAGCCAGGUGCAAAGCUUGGUAGACCCAAAAUUGCGAUUAUUGGUGCAGGAUUGACUGGUGUUUCUGCUGCUUCUCACUGCGUGGGCCAUGGGUUUGAUGUCCAGAUUUUCGAGGCUGGUCCACGGAAACAGCUGGGUGGGAUUUGGAGCAGAGUUAACAACACCUCCGGUCUCCAAAUCCACUCCAUAAUGUACCGUUUCCACCCCUCUGUCACUUGGAGCGGAGGGUACCCCAACCGCCAACAAAUCGUCUCCCAAAUCACCGAGCUCUGGAAACGGUACGGCCUCGAAUCGAAAACCAUAUUCGACACCCCCGUCGAGAAAGUGUAUAAAGACGAGAAAGGACGCUGGAUCAUUAACGAUACUUCGAACGGACGCUUUGACGGCAUCAUCGCUGCGGUUGGGACUUGCGGCGAUGCGAAAAUGCCGCAUAUGCCUGGCAUGGAGAAGUUCAAAGGCGAGAUAUACCAUAGCAGCGACUUGACGGGGAAAGAAGCAAAAGGGAAGAACAUGAUUAUCAUUGGGGGUGGUGCAUCUGCUGUUGAGGCUUUGGAGUUUGCGGCUCAUGAGGAGGCGAAGAAAACUUAUAUUCUUGCGAGGAGUGAUAAGUGGAUCAUCCCGAGGAACCCAGUCGUCGAUAUUCUGCUUUCUUUCAAUAUUUUUGGAGGCGAGACCCCGUUUUCUUGGAUUCCGGAAACGAUAUUAAGAAAGUUCUUUUAUCGUGAUCUUCAGGAUCUUGCUCCCACGGACAAAGGGCUUUUCACUGGCACCCCAAUGGUCAACUCGGAUGUUAUGGAUAAAAUCCGCGAAGGGAAGGCGGAGUGGUUAAGGGGGGAUAUCAAGGGUUUCACGGAAGAGGGAGUUAAGUUCAAUCUCAGAUCAAAGGGAGUGCCUGCCGGCGGACCAGGAAGAGAAAAGAUUAUCAAGGGAGAUAUUGUUGUCAUGGCCACAGGGUUCGAUAGACCUACACUCAACUUCCUGCCCGAAGAUAGUUUCGUCGACCCUUAUAGCCCUCCCAACUGGUAUCUGCAGACCUUCCCACCUCAGCACGUCUCGGUCUGUGCAAACAACUGUACCUAUGUCAACGCAAUUGGCUCCGUCGGCAAUUGGCAUAUCGGAAUCUAUACUCGGAUCCUACUCAUGUUCCUGUCCGACCCUCUCACUCGGCCCCAAACUUUUUGGAUGGAGCGCUGGAUCGACAUGACCCGCUUCGUUAAACGAUUUGCUCCAACUGGAGCCUUCGAUUUCUUCACUUACCUGGAGCUGAUCUGGUGGUUUAUGUUCUGCAUUGCAAUUAAUCCUUUCAGAUGGAAGUGGGCGUUCUUCGUUUUCUUUGGUAUUGGUCACGCACUGCCGAAGAGUGUGGUCAAUGCGGAGGAUAGAAUUAGGAAUGGACUGGGCGUGAAGAUUGGGAGCAAUUAUGAUGUUGGAAAGAGCUUCUGAGUUGAGAAUGCAUCGCGUUGAAGAAGCAUAUGGAUAAACGGAAUCUCUUUAUGGGAAUUUGUUGGAUAGCGUAUCGAGGGAGAAUUGUCUGUAGGUGGGAGAUAGAUAAAGAAAAGUGAGGCUGAAAAGACGGGAGAAAAACCUGUAAAAUAGGACCUUGAAUGCGGAGUUUGUUGGAUAACCUGAAUCUAGUUUCAUUUAUAUAUGUGUGCCUUGUCCGAGAGGAAGCUUUAGAGUAAAAAAUUGAUCCCCAAAGAAC